AUGGAAGUAACUUGGGCAGCCACUACAUCAAACAAGGAUGCUUCCCUGGCAUUCUUGGCAGGCAUGGAUAAAGAAAUAUCAAGUGGAUCAAAUGAGGACUGUGACGAAAUUGAUAUUGAGACUGAAAUAGAAGACACAAAAAAUGUAGAAGUUGAAAUUGAGGAUCCUAAAGUGGGAAUGACAUUUAAGUCAAUUGAUGAAAUUUAUGAAUAUUAUUCAAGAUAUGGGAAGAGAAAUGGUUUUGCAGUGUCGAAGAAAUAUUGUAAAAGGAGAGAUGAUGGGGAGAAAAGAUAUGUAACUAUUGCUUGUACUCGUGCUGGAAAAGCAAAAAUCAGAACAAGCAAUAUAGUUAAACUACGCCCACAAACUAAAACGGGAUGCAAAGCUGGACUUAAUGCAAAUUUACAAGGAAUUAGGAUGAACAAAAAUUUUACUUCACUUGUGCUUGAAGCUGGAGGGCAUGAGAAGUUGUCAUAUUUAGAGAAAGAUUGCAGGAAUCAUAUGGACAAAGUUCGUCGUUUGAAACUCGAGAAAGGAGAUGCCACUGCAAUGUAUGAUUAUUUUGUGAAUAUGCAAGCUGAUAAUUCAGAAUUUUUUUAUGUCCUGGAUUUGGAUGAAGAUGGCAAAUUACUAAAUGUAUUUUGGGCUGAUGCAAGGAGUAGGGCUGCAUUUAAAGAGUUUGGCGAUGUGGUUACAUUUGACACGACAUACUUGGUAAAUAAGUAUGAUAUGCCCUUUGCCCCAUUUAUUGGGGUCAACCAUCAUGGACAGUCGACAUUGUUAGGUUGUGGACUCAUUUCACAUGAAAAUAUAGAAACAUUUACAUGGUUGUUUAAGUCUUGGCUUGCAUGCAUAUCUGGAUGUCCUCCAAAUGCUAUUAUUACAGAUCAAGAUAAAGCCAUGAAAAAAGCUAUACAAAUUGUUUUCCCUAAUGUGCGUCAUCGAUGGUGUUUGUGGCAUAUCUUGAAAAAAUUACCUGAAAAAUUGAGAGGAUACAAAGAAUAUAAGGCAAUAAAAUUUGGUAUACAGAAUGCAGUUUAUAAUUCCUUAACAAAAAAGGAGUUUGAAGAAAAUUGGAACAAAUUGAUAGAGAAUUAUCAACUUGAAGGCAAUGAAUGGUUAUUUGGAUUGUUUGAGGAUAGACAUCAAUGGGUACCUGCAUUUGUCAAAGAUAUUUUUUGGGCGGGAAUGUCAACCACACAACGAAGUGAAAGCAUGCACGCAUUCUUUGAUAGGUACAUCAACUCAAAAACCACUUUGAAACAAUUUGUGGAGCAAUAUGAGAAUGCUUUGGCGAAGAAGGUGGAAAAUGAAAAUGGUGAAGAAUUUAAUUCUCUCAACUCAUACAUCCCAUGCAUAGCUCAGUAUCCAUUUGAGAAGCAAUUUCAAAAAGCUUACACUAUUGCAAAAUUUAAGGAGUUCCAACAGGAGGUUGCAGGACAGCUUCAUUGCAAUUUAUCUUUGUAUACACAAGGUCCUGAUUUUUCUGUAUAUGAAGUGAGUGAAGAUGUUCCAUUUGGAGAGAAUCUUCGAUUAGGAACUUUCAUUGUCUAUUUUGAUAAGGAAAACUUUGACACAAAUUGUAGUUGUCGACUGUUCGAGUUUAGGGGAAUAGUGUGCAGGCAUCAAAUUGUGGUAUUAAUGAAAGAAAGGGUUCAUGAGAUAUCAGACAAGUACAUUUUAAGAAGAUGGAACAAAAAUGUGAAAAGGUGCCAUAGUAAAGUGAUCAUCAAUUAUAACAACUCUUCAAUGUUGCCUGAAACACGUCGGUAUAAUAAAAUGUUCAAUGUCUUCAAUGAUGUGGCUGAUUUGGCAACUGAUUGUGAAAAUAGGUGUGAUAUGGUGGUCGAACAGUUACUUGAACUAAAAGGGAAAUUGAAAGAAGAAGUUGAAAUUGAUUAUGGAAAUAAUAAGUCUAGUUUUGUGAGUAAUCAUCAUAAUUCAACCACUCAUGGAGAUGGUGUUUCGAAGUCAAAGGAGAGUAGAAUCAUACUUGAUCCAGUCGCUUUACGUCAAAAGGGGAGGCCACCAUGUAAAAGGAAACAAUCCAUGGUUGAAAAACAAUCCGAGUUUGGUGCAUCUUCAAAUAUAGGACUUGUUGAUCUUGGUACACAAGAGAGUAUUCAAGUGAAUGAAUCUGAAAUAUUGGGUCCAAGUUUACAGCAACAAAACAUAUUUCAAGAAAACUUGUCAUACCAACUACGUAAUACUCUAGGGCAUCAUCAUCCAUCUCCAUCUUUGAUAUUCGAACAUUCAAGUUUCACAAAAAUGUUGAAUGACAUAGUACAAUCAUAG